AUGGGUUUCCUCGGCGUCUACUCGGCUGUGUAUGAUUACCACCCUCAGGGAGAGGGUGAACUCCAGAUUCAAGAGGGCGACCUGCUCUACAUUCUGGAAAAGAAUGCAGCUGAUGAUUGGUGGAGGGCAAAGAAGAAGGCCGAGCAAGAAGACGAGGAGGAGCCAGAGGGUCUAGUCCCAAACAAUUAUGUAGAAGAGGCGCAACCGGUACACUAUGCCAAGGGUCUCUUUGACUACACCCGGCAAACAGACGAAGAGGUCUCUUUCUCGGAAGAUGCAGAACUAAUGGUGUAUGACAUUUCGGAUCCCGAUUGGACUUUGGUCGGAGUCAACGGAGAUUUUGGAUUUGCGCCGGCAAACUACAUUCAGAUCAUCGAAGAUAUCGCUCCCACCACUGCUGCUGUCGCCCCUCCCUCUCCGCCUCAAGCCGAGCCCGAGGCGCCAUCCCUGCCUCGACGGCCGACUCAGCCUGCGCCAGAAGAAUAUGAAGAAGCGUCGCCUUCUCCUUCCCCGAUUGACACAGUACAGAACCCGGCUGCCGCAGCAAUUGCAGACAUUAUACAUAAACAGCAUGCCCCUGUCAGCGCACAACCCGAGCCUUCGCGAGAGCCCUCACCCCCGCCCCCUCAACUCCCAACUCGGCCUUCGCACGACCUGGAUGUGCGCGAAGAUGAGCCACCUCCACCUAUUUUGCCCCGGCGACCUCCAUCCGAACAGAUCACUCCUCCACUGAAGUCAUAUUCACCUGAACCGUCUCCAGCCCCCCCGCGCCCCAAGGCCGCAAUUCCCUCAAUGGGUCGUGAGAAAAGCCAUGUUAGAGAAUCACCUCCCUAUAACCGGGCUGGUGAGCUGACGCCGAGAUCACCUUCUGGCUACCACAUCUACAAUAUCAACGAGAUGGUGGAGGUUAUGGGAAAGCGGAAGAAGAUGCCAACGACGUUAGGUAUCAACAUGGUCACGGGAAUCAUCUUUAUCUCUCCCGAGGGGGAUGACCGGCAGCAGGAGUGGACGGCUGAAAAGCUCACGCACUAUUCGAUCGAAGGCAAGCAUGUAUUUGUCGACCUUGUCCGGCCUAGCAAGAGCGUCGAUUUCCACGCCGGGGCCAAAGAUACAGCUCAGGAGAUUGUUGCAGCACUUGGUGAGAUCGCCGGGGCGUAUCGUGCUGAAGGCUUGCGAGAGGUGAUCGCUGCUGGAAAGGGCGGUGGUGGUCAGAAGACCGGACUGAUCUUGUAUGAUUUCAAGGCUCAAGGCACCGACGAAGUGACGGUAGAAGUGGACGAUGAAGUUAUCGUCGUCGAUGACACCAAAUCUGAGGAGUGGUGGGUGGUGAGGCGGAUCAAAAAUGGCAAGGAGGGAGUGGUUCCUAGCAGCUAUGUUGAAAUCACCGGCUUUGUGCCUGCCAUUACACACGGAGGAGACGAGCCGGGCCUGACAACCGUGGAAAAGAAUCGAAGGGAGGAAGCUAGGUUGGCCAAAGCCUCAGUCGGAAAGUCUAGGAAAGAUUCGAUGGAUUCCUCCAAGCGGGACAGCAAAGUCAAGUCCAAGCCUGAUCCCAGCAAGGUGAGGAGGUGGACGGAUCGCACAAAGGCCUUCACAGUCGAUGCGCAGUUUAUCGGACUACAAGAUGGCAAGAUUCAUCUUCACAAGGUCAACGGUAUCAAGAUUGCUGUGCCCGUUGCUAAAAUGUCCGUUGAGGAUUUAGAGUACGUGGAAGCGGCAGCCAAUGUCUCUCUGGAUGAAGACAAGCCACUUUCAAGUAUUCGAAAUCGUGCUUCUUCCGACGCCCAGAAAACCGGUAAGGCGGGUGCGUCUGUGCAACGCCCUGAGUACGAUUGGUUCGACUUUUUCUUAAAGUCUGGCGUUGGGCAUCACCAAUGUGAACGAUAUGCGCAGAAUUUCCUCAAGGACUCGAUGGACGAGUCUAUCCUCCCCGACAUUACACCUGAGACUCUUCGCUCUCUAGGGCUUAAAGAAGGUGAUAUCCUACGAGUCAUGCGUCAUCUGGACACCACACUCGGUCGUACCGGUAGCAUAUCCAAGUCCCGAAAUGUCAGUUUUGGUGGCGAGGAAGUGAUUGGCAACGGCGAAGAUGGCCAGGGUGGACUUUUUGCUGGGCCCGGUGGCACGUUGCGUAACAACACCCGCAAGGGAAGACCUGCGCCAGCUGUUCAGGCUGGUGACGUGGUGGAUCCCAAAGCAUUCGAGCAAUCGGAUGGUUCAAAGCCCAAGGAAGAGCGAGCUGCGACUCCUCCGGCGCCCGCGGAAGAUAAGCCUGCUGCGCGUGGAUUCGAUGAUGAUGCUUGGGAGGUCAAGCAGCCGAAGCGUACUGGCUCCGCUGCUACUUCAAGCCCACCCCCUAGCACGUCGCCUGUAGCUCAGCCUCCUGUUCAGAAGCAGGUCACAGGAGCUAUGGCCGACUUGACCUUGCUCCAGACUCCUCUACAGCCUACUCCAGCACAGCCUGCCCCUGCGCCAAUAUCAAGUAUUCCUGCUUUACAACCGCAGCAAACUGCUGUGCAGUCAACCCCUGUGCAGCAACCUCAGAAUACAGGCGCCACGCCUGGGUUUUUUAACCAAAUAGCGCAGAUGGGACAGCAAGCCAGGCAGCAGCGCCCCCAGCCUCCACAGAACUUGAACCAAAGCUCACUUCUUCCACCUCCUCCGCAACGCCCACUCUCUGCGCCACAGAACUUCUCGCAGCAGCAAGGCUCGUUUGGGCCUCCCCCAUUGCAGCCCCAAUUGACUGGGAUUCCCCUAGCAGGCCCUCCAGUCGCACCUCCUGGACAGAGCCUGGCAGAGUUGAACCAGCAGCGCUUCCAUCCCCAGAUGCUGCCGCAAGCGACCGGAUUCAUGGGUGAGAACCAGUACCAGAAUGGCGUCAUGAUGCCCCAACCAACCGGCUUCACUCCACAGUCGCAAUUUGGUAUCCAGCAACAGCAACAGAUUAACGGCCAGUCAGUACCAAUCCAACCAGGAUUUCAGGGAAUGGUCCCCCAGCAGACGGGUUUUGGAUAUGCGCAGCCCCAGCAGCCAAUGCAGACUGGCAUCAACUCUAUGCUUCCCCCAGCAUUGCAGCCCCAGCAAACUGGUAUGAACGGCUACGGCAACACAUCUUACAUCCAGCCCCUUCCUCCAGUGCCGCCAAUUCCUCAGCAACCAACAGCCACCCCAUUGUCACCUCAAAAGACUGGCCCCGCGCCUCCUGUCAGGUUUGGCGUGAAACCGGAUGCCGCUAAGAAACUUGCGCCGCAGCCAACGGGACUCAGGGCGAAUCUAUCUCAAGCUACUCCCCACAACCCUUUUGGUUUCUAA